AUGAUCAAUUGUCCGGUUGGUUUCGUUCUGUGUAUUAUUUCAUCUGUCUACACUCUUUCCACUUUCGGAUGGUGGUUUGCUGGUGUAAAAUAUCACAAUAAUAACAAUGAUAAAAUUCCUGUUAUAUUUGAAAUUAAUAUUGACCAAAUAUCAAACAAAGCAUAUUUUACCAAUAUUAAAGAAUACAGUUCAAAAAAAGAUGAAGAUGAAAUAUUAUUUUCAAUUGAUACAAUAUUUCAAAUUUUAUCGAUUGAAGAUUAUGGAAACUGUUGUUUUAUUGUAUUGAAGUUAACAACAUACGACGAUACAAAUCCUGAAUGGAAAAAAUUGUAUGAUCAUCUUGAAAGACAAAUAAACAAAAAUGUGCCAUUAUUCACUAUGGCUAGAUUUUUCUAUGCAUCAUGCGAUUUUGACAAAGCUGAGCAAUAUUACCAACUAUUAUUAGACGACGAUCCAAAUAAUAAAUACUUAAUAUCGGUCAUAUACGGAGAUCAUCGGCUCGCUCUAAGUUAUGUCAAAGAAGCCAGAAAUCUUCUAAACAUAUCGCAUUUACCUAGUACUCAUCCGUCCUAUGCAACUUACUACAAUAAUAAAGCAGUGAGCCAAGCUGGAUUAGGGGAAAACUCGAAAGCAUUAAAAAGCUUUAUCAGAGCGUACGAGAUCCAAAAAUAUUCGGUAACAAAAAAUCAUUUGGAUUUUGUUUCUCUGUUGACUAAUAUUGGUUCUCAGUAUUUUAAAUUAAACAAAAAUCAUUUAGCAUCAAAUUAUUUUCAAUCGGCAAUCGAUAUUCAACAACUGUAUUUAUCAAUUGACGAUAAUGAAUUUAUAUCACUUUAUUAUAUUAUGGGUGAAAUAUUAUUGAAACAAGGUAAACUUACUGAUUCACUCAAAUAUUAUAAACAAGCACUAAAUUGUCAUUUGAAAAUAUUACCAUUAACAGUUGUUUACGAACAUCGUUCAAUCAGUUUAAAUGACGCCAAAUUUAAAUAUAGCUAUUUUACAUAUUUUCUACAAAAAUUUCAUCCAUAUAUUAAAAUUACUUGUAUACCGGACGAAUCAAAACAAAUAGCUCUCUAUUACAAUCGUAUCGGCCUUCUAUAUUAUUUUCUGAAACAGUAUGAUGAUUCAUUAAUCAACCAAGAACAUGCCUGGACAAUAUGUAUGAAAUCGUUGCCGUGGGAUUACCGUCUCCUAGCAGCUGCAUGUAGUAACAUGGGCUCUAUUUUUUAUGAUAUAAAACGAUUUGAUAAAGCAAUUGGUUACUUUAAAAAAGAUUUUUAUUGCAUCAUUAUAUUCAUCAGAAAAUAG